GUUGGUAAAAAACAAGCAAACAAAAAAACCCAUAAACAUUUAUGUAGUUUUUUUUUUAUUUCCAACACCUAUGAUGUUCCGCUGUCACCAUACACACAGUGGUUCAGUUAGGAAGAGAAGGCAGAUUACAACAGCUCUGGCAGAGGUCACUGUCGUUUGUUACAAAUCAAUUGCAAACUCAAAACAAAAGAAAAACAAAAUAAACCAUGGAACAUGUAUAAAUUUGGCAGGCCCUCCCUCCCCCCAACCCCACUGACGACUCACGGUCUGAUUGGGGCGGACCAUUGAAGUCCAGUACACUUGAAACGAGCAUCUAAAACGACGAAAACAGAGCAGCUAUUUACUGCAAGCUAACUCGGCAAGGCAAGGCAAAAUGGAAGAAAGAAAAUAGGUUGGAGGCAAGGCAGGACAAACAGCAGCCUAACGCCAGACAAGCUUUAAAAAGAAACAAAGUCAGCUGUUAGUGACAAUACCUUAACACUAGCCGACACAAUAGCAUUUAGCUUAUGGCACUGGUUACCUGUGUCCUGCACACAUCAGUGCUUGUAGCUGUAACAGCUAACCGGACGGACACAUACACACAUACACACACACACACACACACACACACACACCAUCUCGGCCCAACGCACCAACCUACAACAGAGGACUGUCAGCACAGCAUCUUACAACCUCUUCAUCAUUAGACUGUGCUACAUAUCUGCAGAAAGCACACACGGCACAUACACUCCAGGAUACUACGGCUUCGGCAGAGAAGAGAGAGAGAGAGAGAGAGAAAGAGAGAGAGAGAGAGAGAGAGAGAGAGAGAGAGAGAGAGAGACUAAACAACCGGGGGGGGGGGGGGUAUAUGACCUGACCCACAUUAGCGGCUGAGGACGCGGCUGCACUUCUGGUAAGAAGGGGCGUGCCACCCACCUGCCGCGAUCAUCAUACCUGCUGCAAAAUAAACAGACUGAGGGACAAAGAGAACUGAAAUGUAUAGAGACAAUAUAAACAACCAUCUGGUUACAAGUUUGAAUAACUAUGGAAACUGCACUUCAAAAGGAAAAGAACCCUGGUGAUGCCUGAAAUGAUGUGAUGCCUCUUUCUUUUUGAUCAGUAAGUCACAAACCCACUCACGUUAACUCACAUUUGCGGAUGUUUCCUGCACUCGUCGCCAGAGUUGUGACGUUCGCGAACGAACCGAUUCUUUUGAACAGCUCAUAAACAUGAACGAUAGGAGCCGAGUCGCGGCUGGGGGAGAGCCGUUCUUUCCAUCGUUCUUUUUUUCCCUAUGCGUGUUUUAAGCAGACGCACACAGAUUAACUCCUCCUUCGGUCUAUGCAUAGGGUCUAUGUUCCUUGCUCCUCCGCUAGAGACAGAACAGUUAGGGGGAGGGGCGCACACGCAGGAGUGCUACUGUUGUGCACGCAUUCUUCCCGUGAGUUCUCCAGUGGGAAAAAACCCCCCCUGCGUGCCUCUUUCAUUGGGGAGGAGCGGAGCCAUGACUUGUGCACGCCACGCUGCCGUCAUGGUUAAAAAAACAAACACACAUGCGAGUGCCUCUCUGUCUCAGUGCCAACGUGAGUAGUAGCGGGUUGUUCGAAGGAAGAAGACACACACGUCUGAAAAUGAGCCAGAGGAGAAGGAGCAGCAUUUGGGUGCACUUUUCUCGCGAAGAAAACAGUAAGGCUAAAUGCAGCAUUUGUCAGAAAGUCAUUUCAUUUAAGUCUGGGUCAACAAAUAAUUUACACAGGCAUUUGAAGACUCAACACCCAACAGUGCAGGUCACAGGUUUGAGAGCAGAGCCAGACUCAGACAACAACAGUGACACUGAUGUGUCCAUUGCCUCCUCUGCCCCCACAUCUGAAUCUACAGCAGCCUCUGACCCCACUGGGCCCACCACAUUGCCUAGCCAGGCACGACCAAAAAGGCAGACAUCCAUCAGUCAGUAUUUACCUCCUGUCUUGACCCCAUUAAGACAGGAGAAGAUAGACGAAGAGCUGGCAAAGAUGAUAGCCACUGACUUCCAGCCUUUCUCAAUAGUGGAGGACACAGGAUUCAAAAAAUAUUCACGGGCGCUCAACCCCUCCAUCAUUACUCCAAGUAGGAAGACACUAGCUAAGAAGGUCACAGAUAUGUAUGACAGGGAGACAGCAUCUUUGAAGAGAAGGGUGUCAAAAGUACCAGCUAUCUGUUUAACCACAGACUGUUGGACUUCAAGAACAACAGAAUCAUAUAUGUCUGUAACCUGUCAUUUUAUUGAGGAUUUCCGUGUGGCUUCCUGCCUCCUGGACUGUUUUGAAUUCAGUGAGCGGCACACAGCAGACAACAUUGCACAACAGCUACUUAGUGUUGCAGCAGAGUGGGGGGUGGACAAGAAAGUAGUGUGCUGCCUAACCGAUAAUGCGCCAAAUGUUACAAAGGCAAUACAAACCAUUUGAUGGAUGCACCUACCAUGCCUGGCCCAUACCAUUAACCUGGUGGUCAGAGAUGCCCUGAAAGCUCCAAAGCCCAUCAUUGAUAAGGUCAAGGAGGCCGUGGAAUACUUUCACAGAAGCACUGUGGGGGCACAAAAACUGAAGGAGACUCAACUACAAAUGAAGAUGGAGGAGCUCCGACCCAAACAGGAUUGUCCUACAAGGUGGAAUUCCUACUACAUGUUGAAAAGAUUUAUUGCCAGUAAAAAUGCCAUAAUCUCCACCCUGGCCGUCACCAAUGCACCUGUCCGCCACCUGUCCCAGGAGGAAUGGACCACAGUGCAAGAAUUGUGCACAAUCUUGCAACCAUUUGAGGAAGUCACUGUGGAACUCAGUGCAGAAAGCUACUUGACAGCCUCGAAGGUCAUAGUGCUGGCCAGGGGACUUCAAAGAGCCACCGUUGAUUUCCGGCGAAACAUUACAACAGCAGCAGCGCAAGGUGUGAUCAACAGUCUGUGUGCAAGUAUGUCAACGCGAUUCCACAAGAUUCAUGCCAACCACAUACUAGCAGAUACUGCUGCACUUGACCCUCGUUUUAAGAGGAUGGCCUUCCCUGAUGGCAGAACAGCAGAUGAGACAUUUCAAAGGCUGUCAACUGCAGCAGCAAGAGUAAGCAGUGGCACACCCAUCCAGCAGCAACCAGCUGUGGAAGGACCGGAAGGAGCAGGCAGUGGUGCUGGAUCAAUAGUCUGGAGCUAUUUCCAUGAGGAAGUGGCUGGAACAGUGGAAGCCAGGAAUCCCACCGCCGAUGCUGUCAUGGAGGCGCGAGCCUACCUGGAGGAGCCUCUUCUUCCAACACAUGAGGAUCCCCUCAAGUGGUGAGAGUCGAGCCCCUGUUUACCCCAGGCUUAGCAAGCUGAUGGCCAGGAAGCUUUGUGUUGUGGCGACAUCAGUUCCCUCUGAGAGAAUAUUCUUGAAAACUGGCCAGAUAAUCUCAGAGAGGAGAAGUCGCCUUAAGCCCAAAAAGGUCAGAGCUCUUGUCUUCCUUAAUGCAAAUUUGCCCAAGGACAAGAGAGAGAGGCAGAAAAAGCCAUAAAGUCAGGAACUGCUUUGUAUUUAUUUACAUAGCAUUUUGUGUCAGGCUGAUGUCCUAUUUGCAAAGUUUACAGUAGUAAUAGUAGUAAUAGUUGACUGUAUGUAAACAUUUCCAUUUUAUUUAUUCUAAUUUUAUCUACAGUAUAUGACUGAUACUUUAAAUAUUUUUUGUUUUCUAUCAAAAUUUUCUUUUUUGUGAUACUGUUCUUGUAGACAUUUUUGCACUAAAAGCUGUUUUGCACAGACAUUCAUUGCAGCCCACUUUGUUAUUGUUCAUUUAAGACUUGAAAGGGCUUAUCUUCUGUUUCCAAGUAGUAGUAAUAGUGGACUGUAUGCAGACAUUUACCUUUCAUUUUCUCAAAUUUUAUCUAUUUGUCUAAUAUUUAAAAUAUCUUUUGUUUUCUAUCAAAAUGUUCUUGUGUGAUAACAAUGUUCUUGUGUGGAAGUGUUCAUAGUAAAAGCUGUUUUGCACAGAAAUUCAUUGCUGCCGGCUUUGUUUUUAAGUCAGCAUAGCUUUACACAUACACACACUCACAUUAUACUAAAGGUAGCCUAAAUCCAAAAUAGUGAUGUCACUGUCUAAGCAGAGGGAUGUUGUGCCACCCUAUGGAAUAUAGUCCACACAUGA